UCUCGGGAUGCAGCAGGGACUAUUCGUCUGCUCCACGACACAAAUGACCGAACUACCGAUGGAUUUUUCUCAUGCUUCUGUCCUUUUUCGCUCUUGAGAACAGUUGAGGACUAUUUUUUUUUUCAUUUGGAUUUGUAACAUCAUUUCUUUCUCGGCGUGUUCACAUUUUUUUUUUAGCAAGAAUCUCGAGCAGCAUGCUGCUUUCCAAGCUGGACUCCUUGUCUCAUAUUUCAUCCAGCAUGGACCUGCCGGCGAAGCUGCAUCUUCAGCAAGCUAAAUCGGAGAAGCAGUCGUUUGAAAAGCUCUACCGGCUGGGAUCGGUGCUUGGCAGCGGAGGAUUUGGCACAGUUUACUCGGCGGUUCGCCUCGCCGACGGGCUACCGGUGGCAGUGAAGCAUGUGUGCAGGGAGAGAGUAACUGAGUGGGGCUCUCUGAGCGGCUCUGUGGUCCCUCUGGAGAUCGUCCUGUUGAAGAAGGUGGGUGGGGCGUUUGGCGGCGUGGUGCGGCUGUUGGACUGGUGGGAGCGUGUGGACGGCUGGCUGCUGGUGAUGGAGCGGCUGGAACAAGGGCAGGACCUGUUCGACUACAUCACAGAACGUGGCCCCCUGGACGAGGCGGCGGCGUGCGGCUUCUUCCUUCAGGUGCUGGAGGCCGUGCGUCAUUGUUACACAUGUGGCGUCGUCCACAGAGACAUCAAAGACGAGAACCUGCUGGUGGACCUGAGGACAGGAAAUAUCAAACUCAUCGACUUCGGCUCAGGAGCGCUCCUUAAAGAGACGGCCUACACAGAGUUUGAUGGUACACGGGUUUAUAGUCCUCCUGAGUGGAUCCGCCUCCGUCGGUACCAUGGUCGCUCAGCCACUGUCUGGUCUCUUGGCGUGUUGCUGUAUGACAUGGUAUGUGGGGACAUCCCCUUCGAACAGGAUGAAGAGAUCUUGAGAGGACGGGUCUGCUACAGACAGAAAAUCUCCACAGAAUGCCAGCAUCUGAUUGGCUGGUGCCUCAGCCAGCAGCCGUCUGACCGGCCAACGCUGGAGCAGAUCCUCCUCCACCCAUGGGUGACGGGCAACAACGAGCAGAACACGGACAACAACGACAUUACGCUCCGUGCCAUCACAGCAGACUCCUCUGCCUCCUCGUCUCCCUCUCUCCCCAGCCAGCAGAGCGUCUGAUUGGUCAAAUGGAGGUUUCCAGAGGGCAGGGCAUGGACUUGAUUGACAGCUCUCCUCUGGCAGUGUUUCAUAAUUUUCUUGGGACUGUUUUUCGUCUCGAGACGCGUUUUGGAGCGAGUAGCUCUUAUAGAGCCUCAUCACUUGUUUCCUGCCUCAGUGUGCCUUUAGUUUGAAUUUCUCUGUGGGUGAAGCAUUGCCAUGGCAACAAAACCUCAUAUCAGGGCUUGUUAAGGGUUGUCUCAUACCACGUUUUAAACCUUGUAACGAUCCUAGUAAAACUUGAUACAGUA